CAUGUUCGGGGCAAAGUCCAGCUGCUGGGUCGAACACAAGCGGGGCUGACAUCACAUCGCAAAAGUGUUUCACCAAAACUCCUCACGAAAAAAACAAAUAAGCCUGCAAGAAAGAGACAACAAGAGACUGACCAACAUGGAUACCACAUCCACAUUCAUCAAAUCUGUAACCAAGCGAGUGUGGUCUCCACCACAACGUCCCUUCAGAGUGUGCUGUCACCAAAGGGAGACCAGGAAAGGCAUCACAGCCGGGACCCUGGAGGAGCUGAAAGAGAGGGUGUGCCAGGCUCUGCUGCUGUCCCUGUCUGCAGUGUCUCUGGCUCUGGUGUGCGAGGAGGACGGUACGGAGGUAGACUCCGAUGAGUUCCUCAUGACCCUGCCGGACAACACCAUGCUCAUGGCCCUGACGCCUGGACAGACGUGGAGACCACAACCCGGUGCAGUUGUCGCCAAAUCUCAAGACCGUAGCAAGCCCCGGACUGGGAAAGACAUCGCUCGUGUCACCUUUGACCUUUACAGGAUGAGCCCAAAGGAUGUGUUUGGCUCCCUGAGCGUGAAGGCCACAUUUCAAGGCCUUUACUCUGUGAGUGCUAACUUCGAGUGUCUGGGGCCCAAGAAAAUUCUCAGAGAAGCCCUGCGUGUCGCCUCCACCCUCCUGCAAGCUGCCGGACACCUGCUUAUCACCUCCGCCUCCAUGAUCCGCCGCAUUAUCGAAGGCACUGAGCUUUGGCAGCCACAGAGGGCAGAGUACAACGCCAGCUGGAACUGACGCAGCCAAGGGAGACACCAAAAUACUAUCUCACUGAGUAGCCACUGUAUUGUAUAAUUCUUCUGUGUUUUACUUCCUUUAAAUAGGGGGCAAGAACAUCUGUACGAUGCUGUCUGUAAAUGUAAACAGUGACAGUGGUAUGCAAGGUGAUCGUAAGCUUAAUUAUUCUGACUUUAGGUCGUCAACAGAAAGUAACAGAAAAAGAAACGUAAACCUGUCAAAGAUAUUAAUGUAGUUUUAUCUUUUUUUGUGCAAUAUAUUCUAUAUCCUGGAGUUUUUCUACAUUUGUAAUAAUGUGAUUUGAAUCACAUGUGGCAGUUGAACCAUCAGCUGUGAGAUUCUAGGUGAAAAAUCACAUGGUUGAUUGACAUGAAAAAUGACUUUCUCAUUUAUGAACGUUUUAAUGUAACUCACAACACAAAGAGCUGUCUUCGAACAACAAACAACUUAAGUGUUAUUCUUGAAUGACAAUAAAAAAUCCACAAAGCA